AAUGAUACAGGUAUCACGACAAAUGUCGACACCAGUGAUCGACAUAACCCCAAUGUCAUAACAACACGUUUUUAAGAAGUUCAUUAGUUUCAUGACUUUAUGAUAACUUUUAUUAAUUCGCAAUUUCCUAUAGUAAGAUGUCACGAAUAAUAAUUAAAAAUUUACCAAAAAAUACAAAUGAAGACAAGUUAAGAUCAAUAUUUGGAACAAAAGGCCAAAUAACUGAUGUACAGUUAAAAUACACCAAGGAUGGACAAUUUAGAAGAUUUGGAUUUAUUGGAUACCAAAAUGAAAAUGAUGCAGCUGAAGCUAUUAAAUAUUUUGAUAAUAGCAGAAUCAACACAACCAAAAUAUCAGUACAGGAAUGUGCUACACUUGGUGAUGAGAACAAACCAAAAUCAUGGAGCAAAUAUGCCACAGACAGUUCAGCAUAUCAAAAGAUUCACAAGAAAGACAAGAAACAGGAAGAGAAGAAAGUAAAAGAGCCUAAGACAAAUGAUGACACCACAAAGGAACUUUUAAAGAAAUAUAGAGAUGAUCCAUUAUUUGAUGAAUUUUUACAAGUGCAUUCUGCUACUAAAGCUCAAGAAAUCCUUAAGUCAACACAAGAAAAUGAAGAUUCAGAUUCUGGUCAUGCAGAUUCUGCUGAUGAAAAUGAAGAUGAAGCUGAGGAGGGUGAAGAUCCUGAAAGAAAAAUUGCAAAUAAAAAUAUUUCAGAUGAAGAUUAUUUGAAUUCAUUGAAAUCCAAAACGCCCAGGAAGAAAAUGGAAAAGAAACCUAAAGUAAAAGUUGAUUUGUUCACAUUAAAACUAACAAAUUUACCAUACAGUUGCAAAAAGAAAGACAUAAAAGACUUCUUGAGGCCAAUUGUACCUUUUUCAAUUCGGAUACCACGAAAUAUCAAAGGUAUCGCAUUCAUUGGAUUCAAAGAUGAGAAGAAAUAUGAUAAGGCAUUGCUUAAAAAUAAGAGCAUAAUUAAAGGCAAACAAAUUUUAAUCGUUAAGUAUGAGAAAAAGGAGUCCGCUAAUGAUUCAAGUGUCUUAAAUUCAAAAUGGCUCAGCCAAGAAGAAAAACUCAAGAAUGAAGAAGGUAUCGCCGAAUCCGGACGCAUAUUUCUACGAAACUUAUCAUAUACAACCAAGGAGGAAGAUAUUCAGGAGAUGUUUGGAAAGUUUGGCCCCAUAGCCGAGUUAAAUCUACCAAUUGAUACCACAACAAGGACUAUGAAGGGUUUUGGUGUGGUGACAUUUGUGAUGCCCGAAAAUGCAGUAAAAGCGUACUGCGAAUUGGAUGGGAAAAUCUUGCACGGUCGAAUGUUGCAUUUACUACCUGGUAAACCAAAAGAUGAGAAAGAGGAUGAUGAUGAAGAUUCGACAAAUUUUAAACAGAAAAAAGCUAAGCAACAAAAAGCGCAGGCGUCGAGUGCUCACAAUUGGAAUUCCUUGUUUUUGGGGCAUGAUGCUGUAGCUGAAGUGAUUGCAACUUCAUACAACACAACAAAGGAAGCUGUUUUAGGUCCGCAUGGAUCUGGUAGUGCUGCCGUUCGAUUGGCACUCGGUGAAACGCAAAUUAUUGCCGAAACCAGAAAGUACUUGGAAGCACAUGAUGUUUAUUUGGAUGCUUUUAAUACUGCUAAUGUAAAGCGAUCAAAAACUAUAAUAUUGGUAAAAAAUUUGCCAGCAAAUACUAGACCUAUGGAAAUUAAAGAUAAAUUUGAUGAAUUUGGCGUAAUUGGAAGAUUUAUAUUUCCUCCAAAUGGUAUCACCGCAAUUGUGGAGUUUCUAGAACCGUCAGAAGCUAGGAAAGCAUUUAGUAAGUUAGCUUAUACAAAAUUCAAAAAUUUACCUUUAUAUUUGGAAUGGGCACCUGAGAAUGCAUUGAAAGAAAGCAACUUUAUGCGGAAGGACCAAAUAGAUAAUUCAGCAGCAACAGUUGAAACCGAGAAGGUUACUAAAGAAGUACAACCUCCUAAAGCAGCAGUAAUUGAAGAGAAAGAUGAUGAAGAAGAUGAUGAACCAGAACCGGAUACAACUAUAUUUGUCAAAAAUUUGGACUUCAGAACCACUGAUAAAGAGUUAAGAGAGCAUUUUAAGUUUUGUGGUAAAAUUAAUUAUGCCAAUGUUGCAACAAAGAAGGAUCCCUCUGAUCCAAGCAAAACGUUAUCAAUGGGUUACGGCUUUGUUCGUUUUGUGCACAAAUACAGCGCUGAUGAUGCAAUGAAAACCCUGCAGCAUAGUAAUUUAGGCGGAAAAUCACUGGAAUUAAAACGGUCGGAGAGGACUAUCGCCGGUGAAGUUCAGGUGAAUAAGAAAUCAGCGAAAGCGACAAAGCAAACUGGUACUAAAAUUUUGAUACGAAAUAUUCCAUUUCAAGCAAAUCGAAAUGAAGUUUUGGAGUUGUUCAAGACAUUUGGUGAAAUCAAAGCCCUGCGAUUACCUAAGAAAAUGACUCCGGGCGCUGAUUCGCAUCGUGGUUUUGCGUUUGUUGAUUUUGGCACCAAUAGUGAUGCCAAGAAAGCGUUUGAUGCUCUUUCUCAAAGUACUCACUUGUACGGGAGACGUUUGGUUCUGGAAUGGGCUCAGAAAGAAGAAGGAGUUGCUGAAAUUAGGAAACGAACGGCUGAUCAUUUUCAUGAGAAAGACGUCGUUAAAUCGAAAAAAAGUGUUUUUGAUAUAGAAUCAAAAUAGAUUGUUACUUAUAUAGGAAUUAAAAAUAAGUUUGUAAAUACGACAAUUUGUCACGUUAUAAAAUAUUUACGACUCGA